AUGUUAACCCUCGAGGAUGAAUCUAUACUUCAUGAUUUUGAAAAAGCCGAAGCGGACGAACCGUCGCCGACAAAAGCCAUCGACGAUACCCGCAUCAUUUAUGGCUCGCGUGAGUUUAGGCUUCCCAAGGGUUCUCUGUGGGGUCAACCAGUCCUCUGUGACUUUGGAGAAGCUCGAAUUGGAAGCUCGCACAGAGGUUUCAUUCAGCCCGAACUAUACCGUGCCCCGGAGGUGUUGUUCGGCAUGGAGUGGAAUUUCGCCGCUGAUAUUUGGAACGCUGCCGUUCUGAUCUGGGAUCUGUUUGAGAAUCGACCUUUGUUCAGAGCGAUGGAUGAGAAUAUGGAAUCCUCAGAAACAGCCUACGUUGCUGAAAUGGUUGCAUAUCUUGGGUUACCUCCUCUCGAGUACAUCCAAAGAAGCGAGAUGACGAGGAAAGUUUUUGACGACCAAGGUUCGCAAAGAGACUUCAACCUCAUCACGUUAAGCAACUAA